AUGCCUGUGAUCCCUAUCCCUCGGCGAGUGCGCAGCUUCCAUGGCCCCCACACCACCUGCAUGCACUCGGCCUGCGGGCCGGCGCGCACCACCCAGCUUGUGCGCAGCAAGUACAACAACUUUGACCUGUACCUGCGCUCGCGCUGCAUGUACGGCUUCCUGCGCUUCCUGCUCUACUUCGGCUGCAGCCUUCUGACCUCCCUCCUCUGGGUGUCGCUGUCUGCUCUCUUCUGCCUGCAGUACGUGAGCGCCCGCGUUUUCCUGCGGCUGCAGUACAAGCUGUCCGUGAUCCUGCUGUUGCUAGGACACCGGCGCUUUGACUUUGGGGUGCUCAACAACCUGUUCAUCUACAGUAUGCAGGUCACAAUGUUCCUGGUGGGAGGCCUGGGCUGGUGCUUCUUGGUGUUUGUUGACAUGUAG